UCUAGGGCUGGUUCACACACCAUACAUAUAUAUUAAAAACAGAUUAAAAGAUAAGUUUUCUUUUGUAUUAAUUUUUUUUAAAAUAAAUUGAUUACAAAAACUAAGGUCACACUAAUUCCAACAAUUAAUGAAAGAAGUUUAAGACAAUUUUCCUAUAAAAGUUGCAUUUUUACACUGCAUUUUCCUCAAAUUUUCCUGUUGCUGGAGUGUUUUACGUGCAGCUUAUGUGAAUUGUCUUUUAAUUCACUAGAUAAUACAUUUUUGGUUCCCUAUUAUUAUUAUUAUUAAUAUCAUUUAUAUUAAUAUUAUAAUAUCAUCAAUUUUUUUAUCAUUUAAUUCCUUCCAUACUGUUUGGACGACAGAUUAUCUGCAGGCGAUGCUGGCUCCUCUGGCGCGGCGGGCCGCCACCGACCUGACCUCGCUGACACGUUUCGUUACAGCCGCCUCCCGCCGACCGUCACACUCCGUCCGACGCGCCGUUGCCACCACCGCCUCCGCAGCCAUGGCCGACGACAAGUUCUCACUGCCCGAGCGCUACAAGGGCACUGAAAAAAACAUCUGGGUGGAGUUCAUCCAGCUGGCUCUGGAGCACAAGCCACUGAACCUGGGUCAGGGUUUUCCCGACUACGGUUGCCCCAAGCACGUGACAGAGGGCCUGGCUGAGGUGAUGCACGAUCCCAAUCUGCUGCUCAACCAGUACACGCGCGGAUACGGCCACCCGCGGCUGGUGAACGCGCUGGCCAAGCUGUACAGCGGUCUGCUGGACCGAACCAUCGACCCGUUCACCGAGGUUCUUGUCUCUCAGGGCGCCUACGGGUGCCUCUAUAACGCCAUUCUGGGACACGUCAAACCCGGAGAUGAGGUGAUCAUCAUCGAGCCGUUCUUCGACUGCUACCAGCCCAUGGUGAAGAUCGCCGGCGGUACGCCCGUGUUCGUACCGCUCCGACCGCGCCAGGACGCGGCGGCACGCGCUGACGGCGCCCUCAGCUCUGCUGACUGGGUACUGGACCCGGCCGAACUCCGCGCCGCCUUCGGACCGCGCACCAAGAUGAUCAUCCUCAACACCCCCAACAACCCGCUCGGCAAGGUGUUCACCCGGCCGGAGCUGGAGCUGAUCGCUGAGCUGUGCCAGAGUCACAACGCGCUCUGUCUCUCCGACGAGGUGUACGAAUGGAUGGUGUUCAAGCCUGCCGAGCAUAUCCGUAUCGCCGGCCUGCCGGGGAUGUGGGACAGGACCAUCACUGUGGGAUCGGCCGGUAAAACGUUCAGCGUCACCGGCUGGAAGCUCGGCUGGGCCUACGGACCGGCGAAGCUGAUGCACAACUUGCAAGUGGUCCACCAGAACACGCUCUACACGUGCUCCACACCGCUACAGGAGGCGCUGGCGCGCUCGUUCGAGCACGAGAUGUCGCUGAUGGGCUCGCCAGAGUGCUACUUCACCUCUCUGGCCAAUGACGAGCUGCGGCCCAAGCGCGACUACAUGGCCCAGUUCCUGACCGACUGCGGCAUGAAGCCAGUUAUCCCCGAGGGAGGAUACUUCAUGGUGGCCGACUGGACGUCACUCGAUAAGAGCAAGAUCGACCUGAGUCCGUACACGCCCGGUAAGCCGGACGACCACCGGUUCGUGUACUGGCUGGUGCACCACCACAAGCUGCAGGGCAUCCCGCCGUCGUCCUUCUACUCGGCAGAGCACAAGAAGCUGGCCGAACACUACAUCCGCUUCUGCUUCAUCAAGGACGACAAAAACCUAGAGAAGGCAGAGUCUAUUCUGAAAGAGCUGAAGAAAUCGAUGGAAUAGUGAACCCUACUUACACGGCCUUGAGUGGACCCAUCGCGGGAUCGCAGGUACUGCCCAGGCUUGACGCUGCCAUCGUUAGAGGGGCGGCCUUGCCAUACUGUCAGCCAACUGACACGGAUGUGUAGCUUGUGGAGAUGGUUUGGUCCUCUAGAAGAUGACGAACGCAUAUUAUCCCUUCACCUCGGUUGAUGAUCUGCGCAACACAGGAUGACCUAUAUGUUGUCUUUCGUUCGUCAUUUCUGUGCCGGGGCACGAGCCCAUAUUACGUUCAGUUCUGCCCUAUAGUGGGGUAGAAACGGUGCUUUUGUGCCUUCACUGGCAGAACAGUGUAGCACCAGUCAUCGGUUGCUGGAUCGUUAGUCCAAUGUUAACACAUUGUUGUCUCUGGCUCUAUAAUUUGGGCUGGGUACGUUUUUAUUACAAAGUCGAGUCCCUGGCAUUGUUUGCAAACACUGUUUUCUGUGAUGUUCUGUUUUUCGUUAUAACUUCGAGAGAGAUGAAGUGUAUUAUUUUUUUCAGUAUCAUCUGUAAAUACGUAAAAAAAUUAUACAAGACUUAAUGUCGUCUCUUGUCAGGCGCAAUGUUUAUCACCAUGCAUGUUGGCAGGGACAACUGUGAUUUUGUCAGCAAGGAAGUAGCGGAUUAUGAGAAUCGGUGGCUGUUCGUGAUAAAGCAGAAUAAAAUUCGCAUGAAA